UGCGUUUCGUUCGGACAAAACUGUCGCUUAGUAGCUGGGCGGUACCAAACGGAGAAGCAUUGGCGCAGCAUAACGCGCACUGACCUUGAGGGAAGAUUUCUGUUGUGCUGUGCAUAACCGCGUGCGACUGUUUGCGUCUUUUUUGCGCGAGUGAGUGAGUGAAGAGUGUUGCAAAGAUUCACAAAAAUGGAAGCAAUAUCGGAAGCACUACAACCGUACAAGGAACAGGUCGGAAUGGCGGCCGGUAUACUAACGGUGGGACAGAUGUUUAGCGGUUGCUUUGUAUGCAACGACAUCCGGAAGAAAGGCACAACGGACGGGUUUUCGGCAAUGCCAUUCGUCGGUGGUUGUGGACUUACCGUACUCUUCCUUCAGCAUGGAAUGCUGAUGAACGAUUCCGCUAUGACCAAUGCCAAUCUGGUCGGUCUCACGAUCAGUUUAGCGUAUGCACUGUUCUUUUUGCUCUAUACACCGCCCACCGAGCGUACCAGCUUCUGGCGCCAGGUCGGUGGAACGGCACUGUUUACGAUCACAUUGCUUGGUUACGUUAAGAUCGAGAAUCCGUCGGUGGUAGAGGAUCGCUUCGGAAUGAUCAUUACCGUGCUGAUGCUUUGCCUGAUUGGACAGCCGCUACUCGGGUUGCCGGACAUCAUUCGUCGGAAAAGCACCGAAGGGUUGCCGUUCGCCAUGAUCCUGUCCGGUACGAUCGUUGGGCUUAGCUGGCUGCUGUACGGUAUCAUCUUGAACAACGUGUUCGUUGUGUUACAAAAUGUAGCUGCGGUUACGCUUAGCGGUAUUCAACUGGCCCUAUUUGCCAUUUAUCCUUCGAAACCGGCACCACCAACCAAGAAACGGGAAUGAACCAAACGUACAUCUAACAAAAUACUUUAAGGAUAUUGUUAUACGACAAGGAUUUCAAAAACGCAGUUUGCGUGUGGCAUAGUCGCUAAUAAAAUUAGCAACAAAUUACGUGAUUAACUUUAUUGUUAAAAAAGAAGUAAUUUAUGAUGCAUUCAACAACAACAAAAUUGAAGCUUAUAAAUGCAGAAAUUUUGCACUUUCGCAUUAAAAAUUAAGCAAACGUACAACAAUGAUGAUAAACUAUCAGUCAUUACGAUUCCUAAUACAAAUAAAAAUCUUGUUACACAUUACAGUAA